GGAGGGCUGAGGGGGCGGCCUGCAGGUGACACGGCAUUCCCUCAGACUGUAACGGACCGACUGCUGUGCCUCCUGCCAUUGAGUGAGGAGCCGGGAACAGCCUGUCGGGAUGGGAGGCCAGCAGUCUCCGCUAGAGCUGGGCUUACUACACCAAGCAAAGUUACAGAAUGAUCUCGGGGUAUCCGAAGAGGAUGAGGAGCUGGAGGGUUUCAGGCAGGAGACAGCAGUACUGCGUGACAAACUGUGGGAGGCUCUAAGUCGUACAUCUGGUAACAAAAGGCAGUCCAGUUCUUUGACUGACCUCACCUUGGACAGUACCUGGGAUCAGCAAAAGCCUCCCUUGUUUCCUAAAUCCCGCUUGAGGCCAAAAAGUGCUUCCUCUCCCUGGAUUCCUUCCAUCACCAUCCCUCAGCCUUUCAAAAUGACGCUGCGGGAAGCUCACAAAAAGUCCCAGUUGAUGAAGUCAUACAUUUUUCUUGAACUAGACAAACAGAAAGACCAAAGGCAAAGCCAGGAUGAAGCUGAAUGUCAGAAACAGUUUCGGGCACAGCCUGUACCUGCCCAUGUGUUUCUUCCCCUUUAUCAAGAAAUAAUGAAGCAGAAUGAGAUUCGCAGGCAAACAGCAACACAGAAAAGAAAGGAGCUGCUACUUUCAACCCUGAGGCCCUUCAGCUUCCUGGAGAAGGAAGAGAAAAAGAAAGAAGCUAUCAGACAAAAGUUUCUGGCAGCAGCAACCCCAAAUGACAGCUCCAAACAGAAGCAAGCCAGUAAAAAACUUCCUAAAUCUACUUAUGGCCCACUUCUUGGAGAUAAACUCAAAGAAGCUGAACUCUACAGAGAAAUACGCAUUCAAAUGAGAGCAAAGGAUUUGCUUGAGAGCUCUGUAGCUCCUAUAGAUACCAGCAACUUUCGGAGGGAGCCUCAAUCCCGAACUGCUGCUAAAACUCAGCAGGAAAGACUUGGCUUCUUGCAGGACAAAAGUUUCAGCUUCAAGCCACGGAUUAAUCCAACGAUACCAGAUUUUGAAGGACUCUACUGGGCAUUUCAGAGGGAAGCAGUAAGGAGACAAGAAAUCAAAGAAGCAACUCAUAAUAAGCCAUUCAAGCUAAGAACUUCCAAUCUCCAUGGCAGGCAGAGGCAGGCUAAUGAAAAGACAAAGGAUUCUCAGCAACUGUCCAAGGUUUUAGUGAAGAAAAGUCAUUCUCUGGCUGGACUUUCCUCUCUCUCUUCCAAUACCCUUCCAGUGCAUAUUACAGAUGCAACCAGAAAAAGGGAAUCAGCUAUUAGAUGCUCCCAAGAUAACAAAAAGGAAGGAGACAAAGAAGGAAUUUAUUGGCUAGAGAAGCAGAAAAAGAAAUGUCAAGCUAUUCAGAAAUCAGUGAACAGUCGAGCAAAAGCCCUGGAUCCACAUAAAAGUCUGGAGGACACACACAAGGAGAAGUCAAGACAGAACUGGCAAAAAAUGAGAGAGAGAACAAAGGAAUACAGAAAGGAGUUGGAAGAAAUGCAGUUACGAGUCAAGAACAGACCAUAUCUCUUUGAACAGGUCACCAAGCAUGAUGCUCAUCAAGGAGCAGAGCGUCACUACAGACAAACUCUCCAGCAGCUGGGGCUAAGCGAAGAAUUUGUAAGGAAAAAAGGGAAAGAUGCCACUGACCUACUGAAAGAAGAAUCUGAUGUUCACAGAGUGCCCAAGCCUCGGGGUGAAAAGGACACCUGUACUGUGCAGGGAGGAGAACGUCAAGAGGAACAGAGUGGAAAGGAAAUGGCAACAUAAGACCUAGCGGAAGAAUUCAUCAAUCACCUCUUGACUAUCUUGAUUCUUCAGGUUAAUCUUCAGGAACUUUAUGGUUUAGGCUGACACCUACAAUUGCUCUGGGGUAAGUGAGAUGUGAGAACUUAGUAAAGAAAAGCAGACCAACUGCUGUUCAGAGCAUGUCUUGUCCAAUCCAGCAAACCUUGUGCCCUGUCUUAGUCCUCACAAGUGUUCCUUUCUUUCAGGAACAGGCAACAAAACAAGUUUAAAAGGUUGAACUACUAUCUUUGGAUAAAAGUAGAUAAGAAAGAUUGAAGAGGUGCAUUCUCUAGUGUCAGCUCCUUGUGUUUGUGCCACAGAAGCACACAGGAAGGGGAGAAUGCUUUUCAGUGUGCCAAAUGCUGGUUUGAGUAUCUGUGUGGUAGAAUGCUUUUAAACAAGGUAUUUCUAAAAACCAACCAAUCAAAAAACCCAGAGCAGCAGGAUUUGACUUACAUUGGGAGAAAACUCAGAGGGAUGUCCUCCUCUGGUAUUAACUCUUUGUUCAUUGGUUACCAGCUCUGCUCCCUCCUCUCAUUAGGAAGAAGCAAUAGUCUUUAUUAAAAAAUCUCCCAUAUGUCAUUAUUUGAAACUGUUUUAACUACCAAUUUAGGUCAUUCAUUUAGCCUGAAAGACAACCAGAGUUAUGAAAAAGGUUGUAAUUAAACAAUACAUCACUUUGGAUUGCUAUUGUCCUAAUUCUACCAUUAUUUUGAUAUAAAGGAUGUACUUUGGUUGAAGAAAGAUUAGGCAUUACCUGCCAGCACACUGCACUCAAAUGCCUGGCACAUCUUGAAUGGUCCAGUUCAUACAUUACUUGUCUUCCUUUACAUAACAGUAAUAAUAAUCCCAAGAAUAAAAAUCCUUGCCACCUGGAAUGUUUUCUGAGAAUUAUGGUAUCUCGAAGUACUUUGAGAUUAAAAGAUUUCUAAAUGGCCA